AUGGACCAUCGGAUUCCUCGGAUCCUGAGGAACCUCAGACUGUGUGGGACCGGGCAAGCCUUCCAACAGGGAAGAGAUUCUCCUGUACUGAGUGCGGGAAGGGUUUCUGUUCCUAAAGCUGUUCUUAAUAGACAUAAAAGAUCUCACACGGGAGAGAAGCCGUAUUUCUGUACAGAGUGCGGAAAAUGUUUUUCAGUGAAGUCUAGUUUUCACACACAUCAAAGAACUCACACGGGGAAGCCAUAUUCCUGUCCUGAGUGUGGGAAAUCUUUUUCAGAGAAGGCCAGACUUUACACACAUCAAAGAACUCACACGGGGGUGAAGCCAUAUUCUUGUCCUGAGUGUGGGAAUUCUUUUUUCAUGAAGUGCAGUCUUUACACACAUCAGAGAUCUCACACGGGGAAAAAGCCAUAUUCCUGUCCUGAGUGUGGGAAAUCUUUUUCAGAGAAGGCCAGACUUUACACACAUCAAAGAACUCACACGGGGGAGAAGCCAUAUUCAUGUCCUGAGUGUGGGAAAUGUUUUUCACAGAAGUCCCAUGUUUACCCACAUCAAAGAUCUCACACGGGGGAGAAGAAGCCACUUUCCUGUCCUGAGUGA